AUGGCUGCCGCUGACCCCGUCCUGCCCCCGGAGGAGGUGGCUUUGCUGGAGCUGGGGAAGGUGGCCCCGGCCACCCCCCUGGACAAGGUGCCACCAGCCCCGGUUGAACACCCGGAGGACCCUGAUGCCACCCUGCCGUGGGACCGGUGCCAGCACAGCGCCCGGGGCCAGCCGGAGCCCGUGGAGCCAAAGAGGCGCUCAAGUCCUGAAGGGGGCCGCGAAGACCCCGAGGAGGCUGCUGUCACCAGCCCCCCAGCCGAGGCCGAAGAUGAGGAAGCCCCUGGGCUGCCCGUGAUGGCGACCCAUGUCUUUGUGCCCAUCGACCCACAGUGCAUUGAGCGGACACCCGGCAAGCAGAAGAAGGAACCCACCCCGUGGCCGCGGGAGGAGGGCAAGGGGGGCUACAUCCCCCACAGCGACAGACCCGACAGCCUCCGCCAGAAGCAGGUCUUCCUUCCCAUCAGCCCCUCGUGCUACAGGGACCCCCCGGGCUUCGAGGGGCGAGCGGCCAAGCCGCUGACCAAGGGGCCGCGGUGCCCAUGCGCCAGGGACUGCGGCGCCGGCAACCUCAAAGCCGUGGCUUCGGUGGCGGGGGCCCUGCUCUUCUGCCCCUGCCUCAUCUAUGGCGCCUACGUCUUCCUGCCUUUUGAUGCCCCGCUGCUGCCCACCGUCAGCGCCCGCCUGGUCUACACGCUGCGCUGCGCCGCCUUUGCCACAUUCCCCAUCGUUCUGGGGAUGAUCGUCAGCGGCAUCUCCCGCCUCUGCCUCUCCGCACUGGAGCCCUUCGGGGAGCUGCAGCGGGAGGUGGAGAUCCACCGCACCUACGUCUCCCAGUCCAUCCAUCUCUUCAUCCUCUACUUCUUCAACAUGGCUGUGCUGGCCACCUACCUCCCCCAGGAGGCCCUCAAGCUCAUCCCCCUGCUCACGGGGCUUUUUGCCAUCUCCCGGUUGAUUUACUGGCUGUCGUACGCCAUCGGGCGCUCCUUCCGCGCCUUCGGCUUCAGCAUGACCUUCCUGCCCCUCCUGGCCAUGCUACUCUGGAACCUUUACAGCAUGUUCAUCCUGGAGCCCGAAAACCUCCUUGCUGUGGCAGCGCCGAAGCCCGAGGACGGCUCCAAGGACGGCGGAGCCAAACUCCGGUACUGGGGGUGA